CAGUUUCGAUUCUCUGCCGGCAGAAACAGCUAACCCACACAGACUGACAGACGAUUCAACUAAAUCAACCCAAACUAAACCAAAUUGACCCAUUCGGACUAGUCACGGCUGGGGGUUCACCUCAGGGAGAAUCAUGUCACGCGGAGGGCAGAAAUCAAACAUGAGUUCAUCUAAACAGCACCAGGCGUCUUCACUGAAAGCCAAAGGAUUCAGAGACAUCAGGAUCGACGAAGAGGUCAAAAUCGCUGUCAACAUCGCCCUGGAGAGAUUUCAGUACAGCGACGAGAAAGAGCUGGAUUUUCCUUCGUCCUUGACAAACUCUGAGAGGGCGUUCAUUCAUCGGCUGGCUCAGUCUCUGGGCUACAUCUCCAAAAGCAGAGGAAAGGGCUGCAGCCGGUUCCUGACGGUGAGGAAGAAGGACGGGAUGGAGGCACAGCGUUCCAGCAUGAGCUGCUCUCUCUCUCCGAGCUGCAGAGCGCUGGUGCAGAGUCUGAUGCAGAGAUUCCCCAUCAGCAGCCGUGAGCGCAGCCAGCUGCAGCCGCAUGCAGAGAGAGGCCUGCAGUCCCCGCCUGACACCACGGACAGUAAAAGCAGGACCAGUGGGCGCCUGAGCCACGGGAUUCCUCAGGUUCCACCAAGACGCAGCAGCGCCCCUGAGCUGGACGCUUUCCGGAAAGCUCUGCCGGUCUACGAGCUCCAGGAGCAGAUCAUCCAGUCCAUCAGAGACCACCAGGUGGUGCUGGUGCUGGGGGAGACCGGCUCCGGGAAAACCACACAGAUCCCUCAGUUCCUGCUGGACGACUGCAGCGCCACCGCGAGCCCCUGCCGCAUCUUCUGCACACAGCCGCGCAGACUGGCCACCAUUGCUGUAGCGGAGCGCGUGGCAGCGGAGAGAGGAGAGAACAUCGGGCAGACCGUCGGCUACCAGAUACGCCUGGAGAGCAGAGUUUCUCCUAAAACUCUGCUGACGUUCUGCACCAGUGGAGUCCUGCUGCGGACGCUAAUGGCCGGAGACGAAGCCCUGUCCACCGUCACGCACGUCAUUGUGGAUGAGGUGCACGAACGUGACGGACUGACGGAUUUCCUGCUCACCAAGAUGAAGGAAGUCCUGCAGAAGAUGCCCAAUCUCCGACUGGUGCUGUCCAGCGCUGCGCUCGACGUCAGUCUGUUCAUGCGCUACUUCGGCUCGUGUCCUGUUAUUCACAUCAAAGGCUGCCCGUAUGAGGUGAAGCAGCUGUUCCUGGAGGACAUCCUGAGGAGCACCGCUUACACAAACAAAGACAUGAUCAAGUACAAGAAGGAGGCGCAGAAAGAGGAGAGUCAGCAGUGUUCUCUCAGUGAGUGGUGUGAGCGUGACGUCCCGCAGGCGGAUCCUCCAGAGCGUCCGACGGUGUGUGUGCUGCAGGACAACCAGCUGCUGGACGACGGAGGAGACAGUGUGUUCAGUCAGAUGAGUGAGAAGGACGUGUCGUCGCUGGAGCCGUGGCUGCUCAGAGAAAUGGACUCCUGCAUCUCCAGUAUCUUCCUGAAUCAGGACGCAGACGCUUUCACACAGCUCUUCAACCUUAUCCUGAACGAGAACAUCAGCGUGGACUACAGACACAGUGAGACCAGCGCGACUGCACUGAUGGUGUCUGCAGGACGGGGAUUCGUCAGCCACACUGAGCAGCUGCUGAACAUGGGAGCAAACAUCAACAUCAAAGCCUCCAACGGCUGGACUGCUCUCGACUGGGCAAAACACUUCAAGCAGACGGAGGCGGUGGAUUUGCUGGAGUCUCACAUCUGGUGUGCUGAAGCGUCUCCGCAGGAUGAGGCGUCUCUGCUGCAGAACUCCUCCUGUGAGCUGAGCUGUGAGGAUCAGGAGCUGCUGAAGGCCUAUCACCACAGCUUUGAUGACGAGAAGGUGGACCUGCAGCUCAUCCUGCACCUGCUCCACAGCAUCUGCCAGAGCUCUGACCAGGGUGCGGUGUUGAUUUUUUUGCCCGGCUACGAUGAGAUUGUUUCUCUGAGAGAUCAAAUCCUUUUUGAUGAUAAAAGAUUUACAGAGCAUCAGCAAAGGUUUCAGGUGUUCGUUCUUCACUCCAGCAUGCAGACCUCAGACCAGAAGAAGGUCUUGAAGAGCACUCCUAAAGGCGUCCGCAAAAUAAUUCUCUCAACAAAUAUCGCAGAGACCAGUAUUACCGUCAGCGAUGUGGUGUUCGUCAUCGACUCCGGGAAAGUCAAAGAGAAAGCAUACGACGCUCUGAAUAACGUCACCAUGCUGAAGAUGGUGUGGAUCUCGAAGGCCAGCGCUUUGCAGAGGAAGGGCCGAGCGGGACGCUGCAGGCCGGGUGUGUGUUUUCAUCUGUUCAGCCGGCUGCGCUUCUCCAACAUGCUGGAGCACCAGAUUCCACAGCUGCUGCGCAUGCCCUUACAGGAGCUGUGUCUGCACACUAAACUCCUGGCUCCGAUCAACUGCCCGGUCGCUGAGUUUCUCUCCAGAGCUCCGGAGCCGCCGCACAUAAACACGGUCAAACACGCCGUGCAGAUGCUCAAGACAAUUGAUGCCAUGGAUCCGUGGGAGAACCUGACGGAGCUGGGCCUGCACCUUGCAGACCUGCCGGUGGAGCCUCACCUGGGGAAGAUGGUGCUGUGUGCGGUGGUGUUGAAAUGUCUGGACCCGGUGCUCACCAUCGCCUGCACGCUGGCCCAUCGGGAGCCGUUCGUUCUGCCCGCUCAGGCCGCUCAAAGACGUGUGGCGAUGCUCUGCAGGAGACGCUUCACCGCCAACACCUUCAGCGACCACAUGGCUUUGCUCAGGGCCUUCCAGGCAUGGCAGAAAGCGCGCAGUGACGGCUGGGAAAGAGCUUUCUGUGAGAAAAACUUCCUCUCUCAGGCCACCAUGGAGAUCAUCGUCAGCAUGCGGACGCAGCUUCUGGGACAGCUGAGAGCCACAGGUUUUGUGCGUGCUCGCGGCGGCGGCGACAUCCGUGAUGUAAACCAAAACUCGGAGAACUGGGCGGUGGUAAAAGCGGCGCUGGUGGCAGGCAUGUACCCAAACCUGAUCCAUCGGGACGGCCUGAGCCUCAGCGGAGAGAAAGAGAAGAAGGUCCGACUGCACCCCACUUCUGUCCUCAGCCAGCCGCAGUACAAGAAGAUCCCUCCUGCCAAUGGGCAGGCAGCAGCUGUUGAUUCUCUGCCCACCGAUUGGCUGAUCUAUGAUGAGAUGACGCGAGCUCAUAGAAUUGCCAGUGUCAGGUGCUGUACUGCGGUCACACCCCUCACCAUUGCCCUGUUUGGGGGAGGAGCCAAACUGCCCAGCUCCGCUCUCCAGGAGGCGGUCCUUCAGAGAGGAUCUGCUGACAGCAGUGACAGUGAGGUGGAGGAUCAGUGCAGCGCUCGACAGGCUCACCUCACACUCGACCACUGGAUCAACUUCAGGCUGGACCCAGAGACGGCGGAGCUAGUGUUCGGCCUGCGUCAGCGCUGGCAGAGUGUGUUCCUGCGGCGGAUCCGCUCCCCCAGUAAGGCCUGCUCUCAGCUGGACGAGUCCACCAUCCGCACGCUGGUGUCUGUGCUGUCGGCGGAGGAGCAGAGCGCAGGGCUGCAGCAGCCCACCGGCAUCGGCCAGAGACCCCGACCCGUCAGCGCAGAAGACAGCAGCUCAUACACUCACACACACGGACGCAGCAGGAACACAGCCGACACACCACAGCAGGAGGCCACAGCCAGCCCCGACAGACCUCGACUGGCAUCUCAGCUGAAGAAUCCCAGAAUGCAUCACUCUCGCCAUCAGGAGGAGGAUCUGGCACCCUGUGGGAUCUCUGAGGGGCCGACGUCUCCAUCCACUGCUUUGGUUAGCAUGUCAGCGUGUGUGCGCGCGCCGCACUCUAGCGUACGCUACUUCAUCAUGAAGAGCAGUAACCCCCGUAACAUCGAGCUGUCGCAGCAGCGGAGCGUCUGGUCCACCACACCCAACAACGAGCAGAAGCUGAACCGAGCCUUCCAGAACAGCAGUGCAGUCUUCCUGGUGUUCUCUGUGCAGGGGUCUGGACACUUCCAGGGAUAUGCACGCAUGACGUCUGCAGUGAGCAGCGAGCGCUGUCUGGACUUCGGCUCCUCUGGUCUGGGUGGAGUGUUUUCGGUGCAGUGGAUACACACUGAGAGUCUGGCCUUCCAGCUCACACACAAACUGCUGAACCCCUGGAACGACAACAAGAAAGUGCAGAUCAGCAGAGACGCUCAGGAGCUGGAGCCGCACACAGGGAAUCAGUUAUUGCAGCUGUGGGAGAAAUUGUAAAGCAAUGGACAUGCAAAUCCUCCAGAUGAACACACUCAUCAGAGAAACAGCGUCAUCGAUACACACACACAUUUACUGGAGAAACUGCAGUCCUCAGCGCAGUUUAUCAUCAAAGAGAGAAAGGACAAGAAAAACACACUUCUUUCAGAAGCAAAACCAGACAUUUGCUCUUCAUCUUUCAUGCAGGAAAUAAACAGGACUCAUAUCUUCGUAUCUUCAGUUCUUCUGCUGCUGCUCCAGUAAGUGCACCUUUAUUGAUGUUUUUACCACUUUUUGAGAUUUGUGGUUUUCCUUUUAUUUAAUUUUAAUUUAUUUUGUCUUGACCUUUUUCCCAUGUUUUCUCAGG